AUGGCAAGCGACCGUACUUGUUGCAAUACCGUUCAUGUUCACGUAAGGCUUUUUUUAAUAGACUAGCUUUUUAUUACUCUAUUACUGAUUGUGAGAUUUUUCUGUCUUUUUUAACGUUUUUACAGUUUUCUACAGUAAAAAAACAUGAAAAAAUACCUUUUAAUCAGGGUGACCCCAGAUUUAAAUGUAUUUUUACAUCUGCAGGGUAAUCAUUGAUAAGCUUUAACACAUCCUUAUGUUUAGUUAUACUUUUAGACUGCAGUGUUUAUUAUCGCACUCCUCUUACUAGCAUUAUCCACGGUUUCCUGUGUUCAGUGCUUCCUUGCAGAGACUUUAGACUGGUACACCAUAGGAGGAUCAAUUUUUGCCAUGCUGAUUUUCUUGAUGUUGAUGAUUGGAAAUAGAACGAACAGUGUCGGAUUCUACUGUCCUUUUUUGUUUUUAAACGUAAGUAUUUCGAUUUGUUCGUUCACGGAUAUAGCGUUUUCGUAGUGGGAUCCACGGACACCAUUAUACUAAAGUUAAUAUUGUUGUUGAUGGUUAUUUCUACUAGGUUGUAAAAAUUAUUAGGGGUUUUCUUUCAAAACAAAUUUGUGGUGUUAGAAAGCACAGAAUUAUGUGAACACCCUAAUAUAUAAUCGCUCUAAAAACUUUUCAAAAAUAGUUUAUUUCAGAUUUUAUGCAUCAUCGUCAUGGUUCUGCUCUGUGUCAAAUUCGGCGUUGACGUUUUUUUUGGAAUCUCAAAAAUAGCCGAGGAUCAAAAAAUGAUGAUUUCAGUUGCAGUCUUUUUUGGAAUUCAAUUUGCGUUACUGGGACUACAAUUGUACAUUACUUUGCUUGUGAUGAGAGACCGCAACCAUCUGAAUGCUUUGAAUAACGGUCCUUAG